AUGGAGGCUAGUCAAGAAACAAAGCAACAUAUGGUAGUAAAUUCAGAUGAAGAAGGGAGCACAAGCAUACACGACUUGCCAUCCUAUCCUUAUUUUCCUGUAAGUUAUGCUGCCAAUGGCCCGACACAGCUUCUAAUCCCUAUUGUUCAUCGAAGUUCGGAUACUGUAUGCAUGGUUGAUUGUGAUUCCCAAGAUUGUCCUGCUCGUAAAAUCGAUAUUGGCGUAGCUGGAAAGGGUGGCCCUCCUUUAAUGCUAACUGAGAAACAUACUGCUAUUCUGGUGAAAAGUUCCUGUAAUGGAUUUCUAUCUUUAUGUGACAAAGAAUCUGGUAAUCCUGUUAGCUUGUGGAAUCCAAUGCUCUGUGAGUACGUGUUACUUCCUGAAGUAACACGGGCAUCUUCUUAUCUAUCAGUAUCGUCUACUGUUAUAUCUGGGUUAGGGUUUGCAGAUAAAAAAUACAAAGUGGUUUGCUAUGAACUUAGUGCUAGAUUUUGUGGUACGAAUUUCAAUGGUAUACGUCAUUGGAAUAUAGAAGGUCAUGCUUCUGAAUUGAUUUAUUGUCUUGACGUUCGAAAUGAGAAAUUCUCAUGUCUUCCAUCACCACCUAUAAUUUCAACAAACAAGAAUAGGAGAGAUUAUUAUUGGUCUGACAUUGGUGUGCUUGAAGAUUUUCUCUAUAUAAGUGCCAGGAGUGCUUCUGAUUUGGUUCCUUCUGUCCAAGUUUGGUUGAUGAAGGAAUAUGGUUUCAAAGAGUCUUGGAUUAGAAUUCUUAACAUCAAAAGUCCACUUGAAGACUUGUGGAACAUUUAUCGCAGAUUUAAACUUAUAAAGGUUUUGAGUGAUGGAAAUAUCGUGCUACUUUGCGGUGAUCACUCUUUGCUUGUUUGUGAACCUAGAAAUCAAAGUUAUAGACAUGUAUUUCACAGGUCCGAUCCGAUGAUUGCUGUUUCCCCGAGCUUUGUUUCACUCGAGAAUGUGGCAUGA